CCCAUCGGACCAUCGAUGGACGACAGCGCGAGUGGCACGCAACUGCCACAAGAGCUCAUCGACUCGAUCCUCGACAACGUCUACAAACAACAAGACCUCCGUGCAUGUGCCCUGGUUGCGCGGUCGUUCCGGCUGCCGAGCCAGCGCAAGCUGUUCGAGCACCUCUCCCUGCACCCCGAGGCGCUGCACGGAGAGCCCGCCUCAAUUGCGCACUUCGAGCGCCUUCACGCCAUCUUCAUCGAAUCACCCCAUCUCGCCAAAUUUGUCAAGAGCCUGGACCUCCGCGUGUUGCGAGCGGAGAACCUGCCGCUCAUGGAGACCGAAGUCGUCCUUGAUAUCCUCGGGGCGUUAUGCAAUGUUGUCGGGCUCGAUAUUCACGCCCCUACCGUAAAGGCCCCCCGGUUGGCUGCUGCACUGGUCCCUAUGAUCGGUUCGGCCGGGCUCAAAACGCUCUCGUUGCGGAACGACACCGAUAUCCAACUACUCAAAGCACGUGAAGGCGAUCUGCAGACGCUGAGAACUUGA